AUGACUUAUGGGUACCUAGACACAGUUAUUGAUCGGAUACCGGGCAUGAAAGGUAUACGUUUGAAUGAGCUCCCAGCUUUCAUACGAAUCACAAACCCGAAAUAUGUUAUGCUUAAUUUUGCCAUAAACGAGGCCGAGAAUUCUCAUAGUGCUUCUGCCAUCGUUUUGAGUACAAUUGAUGUCUCGGAGCAUCAUGUUUUGGAAGCCCUCGCGCCCAUGUGCAUGGAGAUAACAGAUCUUACAAAAGAGGAAGUAGAGAGGCUAGUGAGCGAGUUGAUGGCUGGAGAGAAGGGGAAAGAGAUUAAGAGAAAAGCAAUGGAGUGGAAGAAGUUGGCUGAAGAAGCCACUAGUCCAACUGGGUCAUCUUACAAUAACUACUAUGAUAAAGUGGUUGCCAAGGUGCUCCUCUCCAAGCUUCAGUAA